CCUGUGAAGAUCGCGCCUGGGGCCAAUUCCCACUACCAGCCGCCAAACGCCCACAUCGCGUCCCCGUGUGCACGUCGUCUUGGCUGAGCCAAUACAUAGAUGCACGUUUUCCCGCCAGUGCCUCAUAUUUUUCUGAGGCUGUUACCUUUUUACCUUGCCUUGACGACCGCUUCCCACAUAUUUACUAUUGACUUCCGGAACACGUUACUCGUUUAAUACCUUUUUGAUCCUUUUAGAUACUUAGUGCGCAAGGCCGGACCCUGAGCGAGUUUUCGUACCUAUAUGUAAAUUGAUCCAAUAAGAGAUGGGUCGCCAACUUCCCCCUUCGCAUUUGAAAGUCCCUCCGGGCCCGCAUGCAUUUCCGCAACGAUAUUCUCUUGGAGACACAGUCAUUGUGAAUCAGAUCUCAGGAUUCGAAAAAGCUAUUCCCGCGAUACCUUCGCUUCCUGGAUUUCGGACAAGUGCUGCAUUUCUCACAUCUCUGAGUGCAAACCUGAGAAUUGAUCCGGAUCUACCUUCGCCAUUGGGCACACCAACAACCUUCCGCGCCGGGAGCUACUACUCGUCACAAUCGUACCCUCACAUCCCGACAUCACUCUCGUACUCAUACCUCCCCGCGCCUGCGUACCCUUCGCCAAUCGAAGCCGAAAUCAUGCCGUCUAGCGAAGCUUCUGCUCCUAUUCAGCCAAGUGCCAACGGGCUCCCUCAGCUCUCCACGUACACGGCCCAAUCAGAGGACGACCGCAUCGAUGGCUUGAACCUGAUCGCCGACUCGGUUGCACAGCAACGCCAAGUCGCGAGUAAGAUGAUGGUCUUCCACCCGGUCAAUCUUGCUGCGCUGGGCAUUGUUAUGGCUAUCGUUGCACAGUACAUGCUUCGCAGUCACGGCGACUAUUUUGUCUUUGGCACAACAGCUGGCGGCAUCACCAUGGCAUUCCUCAUCCUCAUCCGAUGGCUCACUGGCGGGUACAUUGGCCUCGCUGAGGAGAUUGGUAACGAAUGGCUUGGUGAUGACCGUGUUGUUGUCGCAAAGUGGGGAGACGAUGUCAUUGGCGCUCUCGUCCUAGGAUGGGCAGACGGAGAUGCUGCGAAGAAGCGGGGCAGGAGAAGAAGAGGCAAGGCCAUCGUACGCGGAUGGACCGUCAAGCUCAAGUAUAGAGGCAAGGGUGUUGGAGAGGGCCUUUUGGAAGAGGCCGUCAAAGUCGCUGGAGAGAAGGGCGCAGACGGUAUCUUGUUCGCUGGAGAUCAUGCCAAUUCCACACGCAUCCUCCCAGCAAUCUACAAUGGCUUUCUCGAUAAGCAGGAAGCCAAGGCCGAAAAGGCACUCCGCAAAGUCGCCGACGAGAAGGGCAACUUCCGACAGCGCCAGUCAUCGCCCACCUGGGGCAGUCGAUGAUUAUAUUUCCUAUAUUGAGGGCCGUGUUCUUUUUUCCUUGAAACCUGUUUCUUUUGGAAGAUACCCAAUUCCCUCGUUGAGAUACCCCAACCAUUCGUUAUCAGCAUUUCUCGUUCGGCGUUUCCUAGCAUACCCAUGUCAUAGCUUUAGAGCAUCGACUAGAUAUAAUGAUGACAUAUGUUACUAGCUGCAUGGAU